GGUAGUUACAAUCACAACUAUUACCCAAUUCAAAGUAAAUACGUACCAGGCCCAGGGUGACGCAAACACAAUGGCAGCAUCCUCAGCCCCGCCCCCGAAUACGGCGAAUGCCACCAAGGAGGUGGACAUCUACCGCGACACCUUCAUCCGUUACAUGGGCUACAGCAAUGAGAUUGGCGAGGCCUUCAGACCCCUGGUGCCCAAGUCGAUUGUGGCCGCCUCCUAUGGCAUGGCCAUUGGCUACGUGUGCACCGAUACCUUCGACAAGUCGCUGCGCCUGCAGAUGGCUGGCGCCUCCAAUCGCGAUGUUGCCAUCUUGGCCGGCGACGUUUUCAGCUGGCAGAUGAUGGCCUCUGUCAUAAUUCCGGGCCUGGUUAUCAAUCGAAUCACCUGGGCCAGCAGAUUGAUGCUGAGCAAGGCGCCAGUGGGCAUCCUAAAGACGGUGCCCACGCUGAUAGGACUGGCCAGCAUUCCCCUGAUCAUCCAUCCCAUUGACAGUCUCGUGGAUCGCGUAAUGGAUGAAACUUACCGCAAAAAAGUGCUGUAGUGAAGGCAGGCCUCCCGCUCCCCACUCCGACUCCUUGUCCCGGUGAUAGUCUUUAGCCAAAUGCCACACAAAAUGAAAACGAUACAUGCCACUCUGCUCUGCAUCGUAGAUGACAGCCAGGGCAGGGCCUUGACCCAAAUGCAAUUUGAAUCGAUACGAAAUACGCGUAAUACAUAUUUGAUAAAUUUA